CUGCCCCGACGAGCACCUUGUUCUUUUCAAUUGGGUGUGACAGAAGUCGAACCACAAUUGAAAGCUAGCCGUGUGAAGGACAUUUUGACACACGGAUAGAAUACUUUCAGUCAUGGAGAUGCGCAUCCUUUCCCAGUGUCUCCGUGCAACCGCCCGGCCGACGACGACAACAUCCCUUCUAUAUACGAAGCAAUUCGCCAGGCAAUCCCUCCCAGCCAUUCGCUACAACUCCUCGUCGUCCUCCUCUCCGAAGUCCAUCUUCCCCACCUCGCGCUCUACUUUCCCAAACCUCUUCAACAAAGAUUCGAAAUUCAGCCGUUCACAAUCCACCCCGAAGCCGCAAGAAUCCGCGUCCGGCAAUGAGUUCGACGAUAUCAUCAAGAACCUCAACUUCGCCGGCAAGUCCAGUUCUUCCGUGGAUGGCGCCUCCAGCCCCUACGGCGCCGACGUGGACAGCAUGCGCCCCGACCAAAAAUUCGAACUGAAGCUGGGUCCCACCCUCGGCCGGCGAGUGGAAGUCGACAAAACCAAAGGUGCAGACCUGGGUUCUUCGAUACGAACCCUCCAGUAUAACCUAAGGGGAAACAAUGUCCCAUUUAUGGUCAACGCACAAAAGCAAUACACCCGGAAGGGACAGCGCCGCAAGGUCAUACGGAGGUUGCGGUGGCGGAGACUGUUUAAAUAUUCGUUCAAAGCCACCCUUGAAAAGGUCAGGACAAUGAGAGAUCAAGGUUGGUAAAAUCUUGCUCUCUUUUUUUCCUGGCCCAGAGCUCUCUAAGUGGAUGGGGGCUGGGGGUAUUUUGAGGACGGCCUGCGGUGGUGUACAUACGAGAGGCGGUGGUAGAAAGUGGAGGUUGGUUCUAUAACUGAGGUUGUGUCGGGGCAGACAUUCAGAUUUUGGGAAAGGCAGGGGAUAUGCUUUGCGGAUUGUGUACGCUACGCUUUAAGGCUGUUUCUUAUGCUAUGGUUGCUGUCUCAUUUCUGUUCCCGGCUUUAUCUUAUUUGUUUCGGUUGCAUUGUUGUAACAAUAGAGUCCCUAAAAUGGUCUAUAUCUAUCUAUC